GAAAAACACAAGCUUCGUGUGGAUCUGUCGUUCUGCAAAAUUUUCAAUAUCAUGGACAACAAUGGCAGUUCCCACGAGCAAGAUAACAACCGGGAAAUUCCAUUCUUUGUUUUCUUCAAAGACGCAAGACUUCUGUUCAAGCUGGAUGCUCUUUCUCGAGAGAUAUUAGGGAUUGCAUUCCCCGCUGCCCUAGCUGUUGUUGCUGAUCCCAUUGCUUCUCUCAUAGACACAACAUUCAUAGGCCACUUGGGACCAGUAGAACUUGCUGCUGCAGGAGUUUCCAUUGCUUUAUUCAACCAAGCUUCAAGGAUUACCAUAUUCCCUCUAGUUAGUAUUACAACUUCCUUUGUGGCUGAGGAAGAUACCAUUCAAAAGUUUAGCAAAGAAACUCAAGAUGAUAACCCUAAGCUCAACGAAGUAAUAAUUAUUGGAGACAUAGAAAAUGAUACACCCAAAGAGAAUAAUAAUGAGGCUCCAGGAGCAUCCAAUGAAGUAACCAACAAAUCAAACGAUAUCAAGGCGAAAAAGUUCAUAUCCAACGAUGUGGAAAAUUAUGCUAAAGGGAACAAGGACAUGAUAUGUAAUGGAGAUGUUACAAGUAAUACUAAUAUAAACAAGCACAAAGUUGGAAAAAAGCGCAUAGCUUCAGCAACAACCGCAUUACUUUUUGGCACAAUUCUUGGCCUACUUCAAACUGCAAUACUUUCAUUUGCAGCCAAACCUCUUUUAUAUGCAAUGGGUCUAAAACAUGAUUCUCCUAUGUUAAGUCCGGCGGAGAAGUACUUAACAUUGAGAUCGAUUGGGUCACCUGCUGUUCUUCUCUCCUUGGCCAUGCAAGGAAUCUUUCGAGGAUUCAAGGACACAACAACUCCUUUAUAUGUCAUUGUUUCGGGGUACGCGUUCAAUGUCCUAUUGGACCCAAUACUUAUUUUUUAUUUGAAAUUGGGCCUCAAAGGUGCAGCUAUGGCACACGUUAUCUCCCAGUACAUGAUGGCAACCACCCUCCUUUUGUUGUUAAUGAAAAGAGUACAUCUCCUACCUCCAAGCUUAAAGGAUUUGCAGAUUUUCCGAUUUCUUAAAAAUGGAGGUCUAUUGUUAACAAGAGUAGUAUCAGUUACAUUUUGUAUGACCUUAGCAUCAUCAUUGGCAGCAAGGCUAGGUUCAAUUCCCAUGGCUGCAUUUCAACCGGGCCUACAGAUCUGGUUGGCAUCAUCCCUUCUUGCUGAUGGUUUAGCUGUUGCUGUUCAGACAAUUCUAGCUUGUUCCUUUGCUGAGAAAGACUUCAACAAGGCAAUUGCAGCUGCUACAAGGACACUACAAAUGAGUUUUGUUUUAGGAGUGGGGCUCUCUCUUGUAGUUGCAUUUGGAUUAUACUUUGGAGCUGGAAUAUUUUCCAAAAAUGCUCAAGUUGUCCAAUUAAUCAAAAUAAGCAUGCCGUUUGUUGCAGCUACUCAACCAAUCAAUUCAUUAGCCUUCGUCUUUGAUGGUGUCAACUAUGGGGCUUCUGAUUUUGCAUAUUCUGCCUACUCGUUGGUCUUGGUGUCAUUAGUAAGCAUUCCUAUAGAAAUCUUUCUCUUCAAGAGAAAACUAUUCGUUGGGAUUUGGAUUGCACUAACCAUAUAUAUGAUUCUUCGAAUGAUAGUUGGUAUAUGGAGGAUGGGAACAGGGACAGGACCAUGGUAUUAUCUUAGAAAAGGACCAUGUAAUCUGAGAGGCCAAGCAUUGCCAUAGAACAUCGAUCGAUCUUAUCAACGAGGAGCAGUAUUUUUAUUUUUAUUUUAUCAAUUAUCUAUAAUUAAGAUCUAUACGGGUCCUAUUAUAAUAUUUUCCAUCAGCUUUGGUUUUAUGCUGUAAUAAACUUAUAAUAUCUUGUAUUGCUCCAUACACGUGUCGUGUUAUACAUUCUACUUUGUUUCCUUCAUUUGAGGGAUUAUAAAUAUAUAUAUAAUACAUCCUUUACCGAUUUUGAUUGUGAUUCUUAGAAGAUUAUUCUUCCUAU